AUGCAUUUAUAUCUUAUAAUAAAUGCAAAAUCAGAAUUAAAGUUUUUAAAUGAAGAUAUUUCUUUAGAAACUUUUAAUAAAACUUUUGAUCAAAUUGCAUCAGCAAUGGCAAAUAGAAGUAAUUUAUUUGAAGAUAAUGAAAAAUUUGAAACAAAUUUUAUUUUUGAACAUGAUGAAAUUGAAGAUAUAGAAGAAUUAAAUAAUAAUAAUUUAGAAAUCAUUGAUUAUAUUGAUUUAUUAGUAAGUAUAUUAAAUGCAGAUAAUAUUAAUUUUAAUAAACAAGAAGAAAAAAUCAGAAUUAAUCAUGAAGAUUUAGAUUUUGAUGUUGAUAAAAUGGUAAAAAAUUUAAAAUCUUAA